GGUGGUAUAAAAGAAAACGAAAAAUAAUUUUAAUCUAAUCGGCAAAAUGAAGCUGUUAGGUUCGAUUAUCCUUCUCUUGGUCUUGGGCUCUGCCCUGGCCUACAAGAGCUACUCAGGGUACCAGGUCCUGAAGACGGCUCCCCUGACCCCUGCUGCCAUGCCAUACGUCAAUAGACUGAGCCGCCGAUUCGACUUCUGGGGCACCCCUGGCGUCGGUAGGCCCGCCACCGUGAUGGUUUCCCCUGAGGAGGUGCCAAUCAUCAUUGCUGCCUUCAACAGGAUGCGCAUUUCCCACGAAGUUAUGGUUGCUGAUUUAGGACCUGAAGUCGAGAGGGAACGUGCCGAAAAUGAAGCCCUGAGGCUCGCCCUGCCUCGCAGUCCUCGGGUGGCUGCCUAUGACCGCUUCAUGGAAUUUGAAGAGAUCAACGCUCACGUCCUCGAAACCGUCGCUGCUAACCCUGAUGUUGCUUCUCUCGUGGACCUCGGCCUCUCCACCGAAGGACGCGAGUUGCUCGGAAUCAAGCUGUCCAACGGAGCCGCCGGUCAGAAAUCAGUUUGGUUCGACUGCGCCAUCCACGCCCGCGAGUGGAUCGCACCGCCCGUCUGCUUGAGGAUCAUCGAUGAAGUCCUUGCCGAUCCUGCCCUCAGGGACCUGGCUGACUGGUACGUUCUGCCCGUGGCCAACCCUGAUGGAUACAGCUUUUCCUGGAGUGAUGACCGCUUUUGGAGAAAGACGCGCCGUCCCAACCCUGGCUCAAACUGCAUCGGCACUGACCCAAACAGGAACUUUGACUUCCUCUGGGAAGGAAAUAAUGAAUUCUGCUCUGAAACGUACCCUGGCAGCAGCGCUUUUUCUGAGCCUGAAUGCGCAGCGAUUGGCAACUUCAUCACGGCCAACGCUGAUAGCCUUAUCCUUUACGUUGCCGUCCACAGCUAUGGAGAGUUAAUUCUCUAUCCUUACGGUCACACGGUUGAACCAGCACCUAACGCAGCUGACUUGGCUGCUGCUGGAACUGUUUCUGCUGACGCCAUUGCCGCCGUUGCCGGCACUAGGUACAGCGUUGAGAACUCUGCCGCCGGCCUUUACUUCACCAAUGGUGCCAGCGAUGACUUUGCCUACGGCUCUGGUGCUGUCUUGUACUCGUAUACUUACGAAUUGUCAGGAGGUGGAUUGAUCGGUUUCAACCCUCCUCCCUCCUUCAUUCAACCUGUUGUGGAUGAGGUCUGGCCAGGCCUGAAGGCCCUUGUUGAAUACACUCUUGCUAACUGAUUUUUUUAAUGUUUUAAUUGGUAUAAAUAAAAUAAAAAUUAAGAAAUCGUAUUAAAUGUUUUUAC